AUGAAAAAAACGAAAAAUACGAAGAGCAUGAAAAGCACGAUAGGACAUCAUGACGAUAAACUUAGAAAGCUCCAAGAAGAAUAUGAUAAACUAGAAGAGACAAGGGACCAGGGAAUGUUUACCGAAGAAGACGAAGCAAAGUUGAAAGAGAUAAAGACAGAGAUGGGGAAGUAUGCUAGUGCCACGGCCCAAAUUAGCAUCAACCAUACUACUGGAGCUGGAUCUGGAUCUACUGAACCAAUGGAUGGUGAACCAAUUGAAACUGAUACGGAGUCAGGUAACACUGAUCAUAUGACUCAUGGAAAGGUAAUUGCCAACGAGCCAAUUGCCACGCAGCCAGAUGCAGCAAUUCACGCUCUAGACCCUGAGAAGAGAUAUGCAAGUCAUCAAGAAGGUUCAUCAGGACAUAGUAAAAUGAAACAAGAGCUUAAAGAAGAGUCAAAAACGUUUACUCAGGAACUUGUGGAUAAUCUCAAUAUGACAUGGAACAUCGAUGUCAAUGAUUCUCACGGGGAGUCUUCACUGCAGCAUCUCCCCAAAGGAGUGUUUGGCCACAUUCAGAGAAGCUCUCGGACUCGAUACUGUGUUAGAUUUGGAUCUAAGGAGGGUUUAAGCGCUCGUUUUGAAUCAAUUCUCCCGAACGGGUCUGACUAUAAGGAAGAACGAGAUGUCACCCAAGGUAGCAAUCGCAUUGUUGAGAAGAUUGUGCAACAUCAUAGAGAUGAAAAAACUGCACUUCCUAUGAACAUACUUAGCCAAGUAAGAAUUUUGUUAGUGUACUGGGACUCCAAAAUGGGCGUUGGACAUGACGCCGAGGUAGAGGUACUAGCUCCCGACUUCAAAGGAAAACGACCACAUACCCGCUGCUUUGUUUAUCUAAAUCCCGAUCUCUAUGCACAAUAUAAUCUUAAAAAUACAUCAGGUUUCAGUCACGAAACUAGGUCAACAAUGAAACUUCUGAUGGAAGGAAUCGAUGACCGGCAAAAAUCAAUUGCUAUUUAUAACAUUGCUGUCAAGAUUGAAAAUCAGUUUGAGAAAAGAUGGAUGAGCAACAUUCCAGGCAGACCUACGCCACUCUGUGAGCUGAAACACGAGACGAAAGCGGUGUCCCGCCGGACUAAGUCGCUGUUUGCUACCACUGAACACUCAGUAACCCCGACGCUUAUGGAACUUCCGGUUCCACAACGUCAGUUUACACCUCUACCGAAGACAGAACUAGAGAAGACCUCUGUUGAGAGAACGCCAGGAAUGUCGCUAAAGCAACAGUUUCACAAAGACUUCUUGGAACUUUUUGAACUGCCGGAAGAUAUCACUUAUUAUUUUCUUUUUGGAGAUAGAAUCACGGCAUUUCCACCGGGAUUUAGAAUGAUUGCAGCUAGAAGCAAUUGGCACAGCAAUUACUCUAGCAAUGCUGGUAAACAAAAUGACUUUAUUCCCCCUUCAGACAUACCACAAUCUCUGUGGGGUCCAGAAGAGAAAACACCAAAAGCACUCGCUGGAAAAGCUAUUGGGUUCAACUGUUUAAAUUACAGUGGGGCUGCUGAGGGGUCUUUAACUCGCCAUCUACUUCCAAAUAAGUCUUUCAUUGAUUCAAACUGCGCUGAUGGCCUUCGCCUUGAGCUGAUGUUUCCAUCAUGUUGGGAUGGCAUUUCUCUUGAUGCCAACGACCAUGAGUCUCACGUUGCCUAUCCAGAUCUUGUUAUGGAGGGCACAUGUCCUGCAGAUUACCAGACCAGGGUCCCAGCCCUAUUCUUUGAAACGAUUUGGGACACUUCUGUGUUCCGUAACGUCUCUGGGCGAUUCCUACUUAGUAAUGGCGACCUAGCAGGUAUGAAGAAGUGUUUGCGAAUAAAACUUUGA